AUGUAUGCGAAUAACAUUGGCAACAACACUGGAGGCAAUCAGAUGAUGUCAAGCAUGGUGUCACCACAAUCACAACAGUCAACAAGUCAGUACUGGUUGCCCAACAAUUCAAAUACUACUGCUACCAAUACCAAUGGUCAACAACAACAACAACAAGUAUACGAUCAACAAUAUUAUAAUCAAUACUAUUCUCAAAUGUAUCAGCAACCUCAAGGUCAACAAGGUCAACAAGGUCAACAACAAGUUCAAGGUCAGCAACAAGUUCAAGGUCAACAAGGUCAACAACAGAAUAACAACAACACUUAUACAGCAGAGCAAUAUCAAUAUUGGUAUCAACAACAACAGUAUUAUCAACAACAACAGCAAUAUAAUCAACAACAGCCACAACAACAAGUUCAACAACAAGGUCAACAACAACAAGUUCAACCACAACAACAACUCCAACAACAGACACCAACUCAACCAAUAAGUUUCUCGAUGAAGCCAUCACCAUCAAGCUCAACUAUUGUGCCUCCACCAGUCUACGUACCAAAAUCCAAAAAGGCAACUACAGACAUGUCCUCCCCAGCCGCCACAGUCAACUCCUCACCAGUCAAUCAACAACAAGUGAUGAUGCAAAACAUGCAGUACUAUCAAUAUCAACAGAACUCACUCCAACAGCCUACCCAAGGUCUGGGUCAGGGUCAGCAGACCAUGUCAACAACAACAACAAACAGUUGGGGCAAUCACAACAAUGCUGGAGUUGGAGCUGGCGCGCAACAGAUGACAAUGGCACAACAUAUUCAACAAUACCAGCAGCCAGCUCAGACGGUACCAGCACAGCCUACUGCGCCAUUGACAAAGAAGCAACAGGCAUUCCAAGCGAAACAAAAGAAGUUGUUGGAGGAUGACAAGACCAAGUUGUUCAAGGAGAGCCUCAAUCGAUUUGUGAACAGGGCAUUGGAGAAAUGUUUGCCAUCAGACCUGGACGAGAUGCAGGUCAAGGUCAAACAAGUGAUCAACGAAGCCAAGAAGAGGCCAGACUUUAACUCAAUCAAUUGGGAUAAUGAGCCAACCAUUGUAAUGGAGAAGCAAUCCAUUUGGAAACAGGAUGUUGUACCAUUGGUGUCACCAACAAAGAAGAUGAAGUUAACAAAGGCUGAUAAGAAGAGGAAACAUCUCGAGUUCCAAGAUACAGAGAAUAAUAUGAAUAAGAGAGCACAGAGGUUUGGUACUGGCUCAUCAUCAUCAUCGACAUCAUCAACAUCGUCAUCAAUGUAUUCAUCAUCUGGUGUACAAGUUUAUACGGACAGUGGCGAACUUAACUGGGAUAGUAUGACGAUCAAGGGUACAUCGAAUGAUUUGGAGAAGCCUUAUCUGAGGCUGACGUCGGCACCCGAUCCCUCAACAGUACGUCCCGAGCCAGUACUUAGAAAGACACUGGAUCAUCUGAAACGACAUUGGAAGAUUAAGGAGGACUACUCCUACACAUGCGAGCAAUUCAGAUCAAUGAGACAAGACUUGCGUGUCCAGAACAUCAAGAACCAGUUCACAGUUGAUGUCUACGAGACUCAUGCUCGUCUGGCACUUGAGAAUGGAGACAUUGGACAAUUUAAUCAAUGCCAGACACAACUGUUUGAGCUGUAUGAGAUACCAGGUAUCAAGGGAAGCGUAGCAGAGUUCUUUGCUUAUAGGAUAUUGUAUUGUAUUUAUCAGAACAAUAGUACGGACAUGACAAAGACAUUCUCAGAGAUCACAAAGGAGUUGGCCAUGCAAGAAUGUGUCAAACAUGCCCUCAGGCUAAGGACUGCAUUCUUUGACAACAACUACGUUCGAUUCUUCAGUCUAUGUAAGCAGUCCCUAAACAUGGAGAACUACAUCCUCGACAAGAUCAUACCAAGGAUAAGAAUAACUGGAUUACAAACAUUGUUCAAGGCGUUCCGUCCAACGAUACUCACUGAGCAGGUAACACUGUUGGGAUUCUCAAGUGAUAAGGAGGCUAGAGAGUACUUGGAGAAGAAUCAAUUCAAGUUUGCCGAUAAGUCAAAGACAGAGUUGGACACAAAGAUCAAUCAACCUAUUGCCGCCAAGUUGGAACCACCAGUGAUCACUGCGAUAACCAAUGACAAGUUCUAA